GAAGGUGCUUGAACCCUGCUGAAUUCCUGGGGCAUCUCACUCUACUUGAGGCCGUUGGAGCGCGGCAGCCUAUCGUAAUCUCCACUGUCUGUAUCUAUGGAAAUACACUUCGAGACAGACACAGGCAGUGUCUAUCCUGUUGGAGAACCCAGUACCUCCGCACGGAAGAUGACAUCGACAGCAUGUGAGGCAUGCAGAGCGGCCAAGAUCAAAUGUCGGCCGAGCGAACAGCCUGGAGUUUGCCGCAAAUGUCUUGAAUCUAAGAGAGAAUGCAUCUCACGAACAGGCCCACGCACUCGCCGAAGAAGGACGAAGUUCCUUGGUGGUGCGGAGCAGCCUCGACCACCGCCCGCAAGCCGCGCAUCCAAGACUUUCACCAUCGACUUUGACGUGCCGUCUCUGCCCGAAGUCGACGAGAACUUUGACGCGUUACGUGACACUCACGAACAGUUCAUCGAAAACUUAUUUCCUUCUGAGCCGGACUCGGACUUUAAUGAUCUCCAUUCCUCGCCGAUGACAUGCUUCCGGACGCCGCUGUCUUCUCACAGCCAUUCCAUCCAGUCCCUUCAUGCAAAACCCCAAUUCAACCUCGAAUCUGCCGACGACCUACUAAAAUCGUUCCGUGUAAUGUUGCCUUAUUUCCCCUGCAUUGACCUUAAGCCCGAAGUAACGGUUUUGAGCCUUGCUGCCUCUCGGCCCUUCGUUCUGCUGGCGAUCCUGGCCGCCGCGUCUGGAUCGCGGACUCUUCAGGGGCAUAACCUUUACGAUGAAGAGUUUCGCAAGGUGUUGGGCCUCAAGGUUGUGGCUGGAGGGGAAAGGAGCAUUGAACUUCUGCAGGGCAUGCUCAUCUACUGUGCUUGGUAUCCAUUCCAUCUCAGGCCUAAAAACAGGCAAGCUUUUCGGUAUGUCCGCAUGGCAGGGGAUAUGGUUCGCGAUAUGGAGCUCGAUCAAGAGUUGCCCGAGCUCAACGGCGGUUUCGACUCUGAGGUGACGAAGGAACAACUCGAAAAGGUCCGCGCAUAUCUCUCCUGGUUUUACGUUGUAUCAAACUUCAUAUCCGCCUGGAGGAAGAUGGACGUGAUGGCACCAUUCACUGCUUGGACCGCUAUUUGCUGUGACAUUCUCCAACGGUGCGCAGCGGCCGACGGCGACUUCGCCUUGAGUUAUCUCGUACGAUUUGCGAGUUACACCAACGCCGCUAAAAGCGCGAUCCAUGAGAGCACGGCGCCAAGUGAGCAACAGAGCCAGCUUGUGUUGUUCGGCCUGGAGGCCCAAAGUCGAGAGCUUCGACAGUGCAUGCUCCCUCACAUUGCUCGUUCUGUGCCAGUGAAGUUCUCGGAGCUGUUCUUUAGAAUCUAUCUUGCCGGCGGCCCUCUACUUCGCUUAGGACAACCUAAGAACAGGCCCUCCGGGUACAUUCCCCCUUCAAUACCAAAGCUCAAAUGUUGCGUCGCCGAAAUCAGGACGAUGUUCGACUUCGUCUCUGACCUAGGGCAAUCGGCAUUCAAUGCCUUGACUUGCAGUGACUGGCUAAAGUUCAUUCUCACCAUCAUCGCCGCCCUUCGUCUCUCAUUUCCUCUUACCGAGCUCCCCGGCUGGGACGACGCCUGGGCGAGAAGCGAGUUACGCUUUGACGAAUUCUUGACACACAUGUGCGAAGGAUCUGACUUGAUCACGAUCAAUACCCGGGUCGACGUCUUCUCUGCCGGUCGCGUCGUCUUGCGCGUCGUCAAGGACAAGUACGACCGUCGGAUUGCGCUACAUACCAAGGUAGUAGAGGCCGCCAUGGAGGCGACAGCGGCGAUGCCAUCAUCUUCGGGGAUUCAGGGAUGCCCGGUGUUUGACCAUAGCGUGAAGGCUUAUAUCGCUGCGUGGGAUACGGGGUUUGAUGUUGGUAAUGUGAUGCCACCUCCAACACGACAUGCAGAGGGCCAGCAGGCCGUGUCUCACGAUUGGUGGGCGACUAUGACGAUGGGAUGGGCAUAUAAUACGACUGGGAACAAUGAAUGACACACUUGGCCUUGGGACUAUUCAUUAUCCCAGGGAGCUUCGUCUAGUCUGGAGCAAGUUUGAUCGCCCGGUGAGAUACGCAUAUAAAAAUGCCACCAAGAUAUUUCGACACAAUACUGCGCCACUUUCACCAAAUCUCUCAGUACCCAGACUACCGACUGGAUCUUAUCGUCAGGAUGAGCCUUGAAAGGAAGUUUCCAGUAAGCCAGGGGCCGUUCUAUCCAUCGCCCACCGGAAACUAAGUCGUUUUCGAGGCUUGAGCCAUGUUGAGGUGUGACUCUCAUAGUGCUGAAGUUCAAACUUCUCAGCGUCGAGGCCUUAAAG